CAACCACAGGCAGCAAGAGGAGAGGCAUAAAUUCAGGAGCUCACCGUUCAUUCCACAGACACGCACAGGCUCCCUGUCCACCUCUGUUUCCUCUAGGAACGCAGGAGUUCCAGAUCACAUCAGGUUCACCAUGAAUUCCCUCAGUGAGGCCAACACCCAGUUCUUGUUCGACCUAUUCCAACAGUUCAGAAAAUCAAAAAAGAACAACAUUUUCUAUUCCCCUAUCAGCAUCACAACAGCAUUAGGGAUGGUCCUCUUAGGGGCCAAAGAAAACACUGCACAACAAAUUAACAAGGUUCUUCACUUUGAUCAAGUCACAGAGACAGAGAAAGCUGCCACAUACCAGGUUGAUAAGUCAGGAAAUGUUCACCAGCAGUUUCAAAAGCUUCUGACUGAAUUAAACAAAUCCACUGAUGCAUAUGAGCUGAAGAUCGCCAACAAGCUCUUCGGAGAAAAGAUGUAUCAAUUUUUAAAGGAAUAUUUAGAUGCCAUCAAGAAAUAUUACCAGACCAGUGUGGAAUCUGUUGAUUUUGUAGAAGAUCCAGAAGAAAGUCGAAAGAAGAUUAAUUCCUGGGUGGAAAGUCAAACGAAUGAAAAAAUUAAAAACCUAUUUCCUGAUCAGAGUAUUAACAGAAUGACCAAAUUGGUUCUUGUGAAUGCAAUCUAUUUCAAAGGGCAGUGGGAGACGAAAUUUAAUAAAGAAGACACUAAAGAGGAAAAAUUUUGGCCAAACAAGAAUACAUCCAAACCUGUACACAUGAUGAGGCAAUACACGUUCUUUCAUUUUGCCUUGCUGGAGGAUGUACAGGCAAAGGUCCUGGAAAUACCGUACAAAGCCAACGAUCUAAGCAUGAUUGUGCUGCUGCCAAAUGAAACGGACGGUCUGCAGAAGCUUGAAGAGAAACUCACUGCUGAAAAAUUGAUGAAAUGGACAAGUUUGCAGAAUAUGAGAAAGGUGGAUGUGAAUUUACGCUUACCUCGGUUCAAAGUGGAAGAGGCCUAUGAUCUCAAGGACACAUUGAGAACCAUGGGAAUGGUGGAUGUCUUCAGUGAUGCAGACCUCUCAGGCAUGGCUGGGAGCCGGAAUCUCGUGAUAUCUAAAGUUCUACACAAGGCCUUUGUGGAGGUCACUGAGGAGGGAGCGGAGGCUACAGCUGCCACCGGGGUGACAACAGGAAUCACAUCACCUCCUCCAACUAAUGAAGAGUUCCAUUGUAAUCACCCUUUCCUAUUCUUCAUCAGGCAAAAUAAGACCAACAGCAUCCUCUUCUUUGGCAGAUUCUCAUCCCCUUAGAUGCAAUUAGUCUGUCACUCCUUUUGGCAAAAUGUUCACCUACAGUCGUUCUGGUAAACUGAUUGCUGGCAACAACAGAUUCUCUUGACUCAUAUUUUUUCAAUCUCAUAGUGUCAUUCUUGUCAAUCAUCAAGAACUUAAUGAUUGAAAUAACGUGCCUUUCUCUCUUUCUCCUUAUAAACACACAUAUACCUACUUUUUCUUCCAUAAAAAUUCUCCUUGAGGAAAAAUCAAGAUGAAUAUUUUAAUACUCUAUCUUCUAAAUUUGAUACAUAAUUCUGUUUGUGACCUGUUUUAGAUGAACCAAACCAAAUCAUACUUUCUCUUCAAAUUUAGUAACCUAGAAACCCAUAUUUCUUUGAAUUUAGGUGAUACCUGAAAUCCUUCUUAUGUUUCUAAAUUUUGUGAUUCUAUAAAAUACAUUAUCAAUAAAACAAUGACUUA